AUGUUUUCCAUGAGGCCAGGCGACGAGGUGCAGAAGAUCUUGCUCAACACGAGAACGUUAACUGUGAACCUUCCAUAUUCAGAGGGAAACGAAACUGGGUUCCCGUUGCUGGAGAAGGAAACGGGUGAGACCAUCUACAACUCGACCAACGUGGUCAUCGGCCUCAAGAUCAGCCAAGCCAGGGAGGACACUCCGGAAGAACCGAAGUUGGACCAAAAGACGGACUACGACUUCGACAUCAACUUGUUCACGGACGAAUUGAAGAUAAACUUCGGAACAGCCGUGUCCAAACUGAUCGGCGCGGUCUCCGGUCCUUCCAAAGCCCACCUCGAGAACAGCACGCCUUGUGAAAAAUUACUAGAUUGUCGGAAGCAUUUGCAAGACAUAUUUCUUGGUCCUCUUCCUUCAUGCCCUUGUAAUUAUCCAACAAGUAUUUUUUAUGAAGAUAAAAUUUGGGACGAACCUCAGAAACGAUUCUAUCGAUGGAAGGAUGCGAGCGGAGAUGGUGAAAGACUACAUAUUUAUAAGCCAAAUGCUGAGUAUUGCAUAAGGUCUCUUUUAGCCCACGGAAGCACUUCUUUGGCGGCACAGCAUUGUUGUUACAACAGGCAGAGGAAAUUGAUUACUAGAGGAUCAGGAGCAGGGAAUCCGAAUUACGUUUCACCAGAUAUAUCACGUACCUUACAUGAAAAAAUAGAUUUAUUGCCCUGGAAGCUUUGCAAGGGAGAUUUUACUAGAUAUAACAAAAUGAGGCCUCCGAAUAAUGGCAACACCUGCGAAGAAAAUCCAAAGAACGAAGAAUAUGAAAAACAAGUCCGACUUGCAUCAUUCUACUAGUUAUAAUAUAAUACAAAGAUGAAAAAACAAACCAGACAAAGCUA